AUGAGCUUCCCGAUGCAAGAGGUGGCACGGAAUGUGCUGCGAGUUGCGAAGCCAGAGGGCAUUCCUAUCUUCCAUGGUUGGAACGGCCAACCAUUGCGUGUGCCCCCUGAAGAGUACAAACGGAGACUUGAAGCUGUCCGCAAGUUCAUGGAUGUGGACGGUAUUGGCCUGCUGGUUGUUGUGCAGCCCGAAGACCUAUACUACCUUACAGGCUUGUACACCAUAGGAGACUCAGCCCCCCAAGCGCUGGUUCUGCCCAAAGACGCACCACCAUUCCUCGUCGCGAGGCUUAUUGAGUUUGACCUGGUCCCAAAGCUGUCCUGGGUAGCUGAGGUGUACACCUGCCCAGACAGUGCCAGCAUCCAUGAUGUCUUCUGCCAUGCUGUGUCUCAGUGCCUGCACCCAAAUUGCAACCUGGGAUUGCAGCUGGCUUCCAUCUCAGCAGCCCAUUACCUCCGGUUGCGCACCUUCUUUGCUGCCUACCAGAUACUUGAUGCCAGCAAGACUGUUGAAAGCGCCCGUCUUCAAAAGUUCGAGUUCGAGCAGGAGUGCAUCCGGGCCGCGUCUGCUAUGUCCGAGGCAGCCCUGCAGAAAGCCUUAAACUCCCUGAAGCCGAAUCUGCUCCUCAGUGACCUCCACGCCGAAACCUAUGCUGCGCUGAUCGCAGCCGGCAGCGAGGUACCCGGCUAUGUGCCCAUCGUCCGCUCGACGGAUCCGUCUGGACACGGGUCCUGGAUGCCGGCAGAGACAGUUCGCCCGGGCCACCUGGUCUUCCUUGAGCACUCUGCGUGCAAGUUCGGGCACCACGCUCCACUGAUGCGAACUGCAUUCAUGCUGGGGGAAGGCGACUCCGCCCCACCAACCUGGCUACUUGAGGCGGAGCGCCUGAUCCAGAAGACCUUUGAGGUCUGCUUGCCCCUGAUGGUCCCAGGAGCCAAGGCGAAGGACAUUGAUAAAGUUGGGCGCGAUAUUAUGCUGUCGAACACAUCUGACCUGAAGAUGUCGGCGCGCCUGGCAUACUCCACAGGCAGCACGGCGACUCAGCCGACUGGCCAUGCUGGUUGGGGAGAUGCCGAUUUCAGCCUCGUGGGGAACAACGAGGCAGAGCUGCAGGAGAACAUGACUUUCCACUUCAUCCCAUGGUUUCAGAAGUAUUCGGAGCCCUCUGGAGCUCUUGGGCUCUCAGAUACGGUGCUUGUGACAGCGGAGGGUGGUAAGCGCUUCGGUGCCUUGCCGCUGAAGAUGACAGUUCUUAACCCAGAUGGAAGGCUUCUCAUGCCCAAGAAUGUCAACCUCUUCGGUGCGUACCUGCAGAAUGUCAGUCGCAAGAUUCAGCGCGGCUUUAGGAAGAGUCAGAUGACCAGGGUUGUACCUGUGAAAGCCUACGGACGACCUCCGUCGUUCUCCUCCCAGAUGGCGCUGUGGGGUGCUGAUGACUUUAACUACCGCACUCGCAAGAGGUGGACUGGUCGGUGGACACGGAAGCUGAUAUAUCCACUGAACUACAAGAAGGAUUUUCAUUCCGAUGCUCUCAAUACCACCAUUUACAACCUGCGUGUCACCCCGUCUGCAAUGUACCAGAUGGAUGAUGCCGGGGGUUUCGACAACUACGUCCUGCGCACGCCGCCUCAGGAGCUCCGGUCUGCGACUGGAGAGAAGAUGCGAGAGGUGAUGUAUUGGUACAUGAGAAACCCACAGGUAAAAGCUUGGGGCUUGCCGUGGAAAGUGUUCCUCCGCAAGAAAAGCCGCCAGGAUCCAGAGUUCACUCGCUACGUGCACGAGGCUAAGAAAGAAGCUUCAGGCCAGUGGAUGGCAAAGCAGCACGCCAAGUUUUCGCCCUACUACCUGCCAGCCCAGGGCUAUAUGCAUCCAGCUCGGCAAGAGUUCAUGGAGGGCUCCGUCCAGCCAGAACUCAACCUCUGGUGGCGGGACAGCCCGCAACUUACCGCCGCUUUCCGGCGGCGCCUGGGAGAGGCAAAGUCGUUUGAGGAGGCGCAUGCGGACCACCGCGAGCCAAAUAGUUUUCGCUACGGCCAAACCUUUGGUGGAGGAGGUAAGAACAAUGUGGCCGUUCACAAGCGCAGCAAGACUCAUAGAUACCGCUUCCUGCGGCCAUAUUGA